GUGGCGGUAAUGCGACAAUAUGGAUGCCAACAGUCGAAAAAGAAGAAGAAAAAAAGAAGGAGACGGCGGCCCAUGAUCUCUUUGAUGAACUUGUUUUUUGUAAAAACAUGUCCCAAGUCAAGCUUCAACGAGAAAUUCACAGAGUUUAAAAAACAACCGUGAAGUCGGAUUAUAGAGAUGGAUGAUCAGCGCAGACUGCUGGAUUUCUCCCGGACUCCCCGGAUAAUCUUACACCGGAUAGACCACCUACAGUAUGAUAUUUAUAAGGAGGAGCUAUGUAAGCAGGAGAGGAGAUCCACUCUGGACCAGGAGGAGUUAGAACCUCUACAGGUGAAACAAGAACAGGAAGAACCAGACGAUCAGCAGAUAAAAGAAGAGCAGGAGGAUCUAGAACAUCAGCAGAUAAAAGUGGAAGAGAAAGAAGUUUACUGCAGUCAGGRUGAAGAACAACUUCCAUUAAAACAGGAGACUGAUUUCUUCAUGUCAAUUCCUGUUUAUGAGCAAACAAACCAAACGGAAUCAGAACCAAAUAGGACCSAAGUCRUCUUUCAAAAAGCURAGAACCAAAAUCAGGAAAGAAGAAAUCAUAAAGACUUUGGUGCAAAAAGAGAUGAAGAGRAGAAACAAMAAAAGAKGCAUCARGAAACCAGACAGCAUGGUGACGGUUCAAAUCGAAAUAGUGACUUAACUAAAAAGAUAGCAAGUAACACWUGCGAGAGACCUUUCUCAUGUAGAAAAGGUUUCAGYCAAAAAGAUAACUUAAAACACCUCAUGAGAGAUCAGAUAACUGAGAGGCUUUUUCUAUGCAUGAAUUGUGGAAAAGGUUUUAGUCGUGAAAGUGAUCUAACUAUUCACAUGAGGAUUCACACUGGUGAGAAGGUAUUUCCAUGUACUGCUUGUGGCAAGAAUUUCAGUACAAAAGGUUCUUCGAAUGCUCACAUGAGAAGGCACACAGGUGAGAAGCCUUUUUUAUGCAUUGAUUGUGGAAAAUGUUUCAGUUGUAAAAGUGAUCAAACUCUUCACAUGAGAAUUCAUACAGGUGAGAAGCCUUUUAUUUGUGUUAAUUGUGGAAAAGGUUUCCGUAGUAAUAGUGAUUUAACUGUUCACAUGAGAGUUCAUACGGGAGAGAAGCCUUUUCAAUGCAUUACGUGUGGCAAACAUUUCAUCACAAAAUCUCAACUGAUUAUUCACACRAGAAGGCACACAGGCGAGAAGCCUUUUCAGUGUAAGACCUGUGGGAAAAGAUUUAUCGAUCAAUAUUCUUUGAAUGUUCACACAAGAAAUCAUGCUGCAUUAAAGCCAUUUUCUUGUGUGAACUGUGGAAAAAGCUUUUGUCAGAAACACAACUUAACUCGACACAUGAUGAUUCAYGCAGGCGAGAGGCCUUUUCAGUGUUUGACAUGCGGGAAAGGUUUCAAUCAAAAAUGCAGCUUAACUGAUCACAUGACAAUUCACACAGGUGAGAAGCCUUUUUCAUGCCUAACAUGUGGAAAAUGUUUCAGUCUGAGACGUGGAUUAACUAAACACAUGAGAAGCCACACAGAUGAUUAGCAUGGUUGCCAUGGAGACAUUUUAACUGGGUAAAAAUCGAAUGCACUCUAGUCGAAAGUAAGUCACCUAAAACAAACUUGAGUAAAAUGUAUGUUUUCCAAGACCAAUUGGUUAUCAGGUAUUUAGUCAUCUUGAUCUCAACUAAAAUAAAUUACUAGAAAAAUACAAAACAAAACAAGCAAAAAAUAAAAUAAAAAUUGCACUGGUGAAAUAAAAGCAAAACUCCAGCAGAGGGAGCUGGUAAUCUCUCAUCUUYGUGUUCAGAAAGGAGAUUUGUUUGUUUCUGGAUWRUUUUUCUAUGACAUCUGGAUGUUCAUCAUCUCACCAUUUGCCCAAUCAAAUKAACAGAAGCUGAGCUUAAUCUGUACUUCUGAAUGUAAGUCAGUCUUGUUAAAGGUAAAUGAUACUCAAACAAUUGUUCUCUAUCUGAUUACACCAUUUGCUGUGUUGUACACAGAGUAAUAACAGUAAAUAACUGCAGUCCAGUGAAGCAGCUCCAUGCAUUUAUAACUCAAUUACUUAGUGAUUAAUUGUUGACUGAUUURGAUGUUUUCUUAAAAUUGUUUACAAAAGAUUGACAAAUAAAAGGUUUUGUGGAAACUUU